AUGAUAUUCAUCAUAUUGCCAGUAAAGUCACUUAAAAGGUUUAUAGCGCCAUCAGAAUGGGGUAUUGGAACGAAUAGCGUCAUGAUUGAUGGCGAGACGUUAUCUAUCAUUCGUUGGAAGGCGUCAUUUCUCGACGUUGUCCAGGAAGAGAGAAUAUGUGUAGCGAUGGAGGCCCGAUUUCUCAGCUUGAACCACGGAGCGGCGUCAGACGUGGCGGACGGCCGGCUGGCGGCACCACCAACAAAAACCCCCAGCUCACCACGAAAACCUCCCCCGAUGCUUCAUAUCGCACUGACGAAAAAUCUCUAG